GGUUGAGCGGAAUGACAGCGCCGUGCUAGAGAGCUCCGUGUGAACCAGACAAAAUGGGAAAUAUAUCCAGUUGAAGCGCUCAAGCUACAGCAUAAUGGAAAACGUGGCAGAGGUCAUCAUCAAAGAGGGGUUUUGAAAAGAAUAUCUCUUUCAUUCUAAAUCGAACUGUGAUUGACAGGCGGGAACGAGAACUCAAGAAAGGAAGAGUUGGUGGUUUAGUCACGAAUGGCUUUCGAUUCAGUUGGCAGCGACAGAGGUGAGGCUGCGUGGAUCAUGCAUCAGCAAAUGCAGUCUGAGCCCAAAUCAUCCUGGCCUUCCAGCUACAACUCCGAAAACAAUAACUGGAACAACGGCAUGGAAUCUGCGUAUCCUGGUUACUCAAACUAUUGGUAUCCCCAGACACACGCAGCAGUACCUUACGGCAAUACCUACCCCGCUGGAACAGAGGUCAGCGGACAAGUGCCAUACAAUCCCCAGGCAAUGUCAGCCUAUCCCAAUGGGGUGUACAAUCCAGGGCAAUACUCUACGAAUAUGCUACAUCCUUCUAAUCCGUUCUACUGCAGUGAUCAGGUUCCUUCAAGACAACCUCAGUAUCACAACCAGGCCUGUCCAGAUCAAAAUGCAGGGGGCGCAGCUCCUCCCCCCUACCCCGUGCCACACUGUCAAGGGGCUCCUGGCUACCCUCCAGGAUCUUACCCACACUAUGGAGAAGGGUGUCCCCCGAACCCUCCCUACCCCAACCAGCAGCCCAUGCUCUCAAGACCCCAGCACGAGGCCUGGUCCCACUCUGGAGGGUAUGGGCCCGCACCCCCCCAACAGCAAUGGCCAUCCAAUACCCAGACACCCCACUAUGGUAACCACGUACGACCACCUCACCCCCCACCAUGGCAAGGACCUGCACCGCCUCCAUAUGAACACAAGGAUCCACCCUAUCACGGUCAACCUCAUGUGCACUCUCGAAACCAGCCUACAGGCCCCAAACCACAUGCCAGCACCCCAAACCCAACCCCGCCCAAACCUGCCCAAUUCAGCGCUCCACCUCAAAUCUACAACAACACUCCCUCUGGAGGUGGAGGAUCCAAUGGGGGUGCUGAUCCCAAACCAGCUCAGAGUGAGCAACCUCCAGCAUCUUCCCGCUCUGGUUCGUCCACCCCUGCCCUGCUGAGCGAUAAUCCCAGCCUGGCUCGAGUCCAGCAGGUUCUGGCCAGAGUCCAGCUCCUCCAGGAGGAUGUGGAUGAGUUUGUGGGGAAAAAGAUGGAUAAGAGCUACCGAUGCUUGGAGGAGCUUUUGACAAAAGAGCUGCUGGAACUGGACUCAGUGGAGACAAACGGCCAGGAAGUCGUCCGACAGGCUCGUAAAGAGGCUGUUCAAAAGAUCCAGGCAAUCUUGGACCGUCUUGAGAAAAAGGCUUUCUAAUAAUAGGGUGGAUUGAUUUUGGUUCUGGCCGUAUAUGUGGUUGAUUAUCUCUAUUAAUUGUUGCUUAGAAUUGUUUUUUCACAGAUUAUGAUCUUCAGGGUUUGCCCGUUUUAAAUGUGUGUUAUUUUUGAGUUGCGUACCCUAAUUAUGGUAAUGUAUUAUUCAAAAUGCAGGCAUCCCUGUUCAUUGCAGUGCCAUACCCUAACCUGCUCUCUGCCAUCUAACAAAGAGCAGUGGCUGUCUGACAUCUACUCAGAAUUAAACAUAAGUCUGCUCUGCACUUGCAUGUCAUUGCAAAACACUGACUUAAGAUGAUCUUAUGUUUUUUUUUUUUUCUUGAGUUUAUUCAGGCUAAAAAAAAAGAGCUAACUUGGCUGCAUAUUAAUAUUUCCAGGGGUUUUUUGGUAGCACAAAUACUUUUUUAUUAGAUUUAGAGUCUCCAUCCCUCAUUUUGCACUUUGAUUUUUACUAUAUUUUUUACCACAGCUAUUAUACCAAUCAUUUUUAUUUUAUUGAAAAAUAGCUUGGAUAAUAAAUAAAGGAAGGAUCAGUCUUUUGUCAAGUCCCUCUCGAUCACUUUCAGUUUGACUCAUUUUUUUUUUUUUUGUUUCAUUUAGUCCACUUUUUCAUGGAAAUGUAUGUUUAACUAAUCAGAUAACACAUAAUUAGAUUUUGAACUUGAUCGUGGAUCUGUCUUGUCCAAACUGAGUGUUACAAACCUGCAGCAUGGACAGAUCAAUGUCUAGCACUCAAACCGCCGUUGGUUCCUUUCCCCUGCUAGUCUUGUUCUUUGUUUUCAAGUUAUCUUUCUUUCUUAGGUCUGCACCUGGAUUUUAAAGACCCUGUGAAAUCAAAAUGGGAGUUUUCUGGCUUUUGGUUGUCUUUAUUGUUCAAUGGAGCCUAAACUUCAUCACGUCAAACAGCUGCUGUUUUUAUAUGCUGUAGUCACUUCCUGUGUGCACCUGCAUCAUGAUUUACAUUUUAGUAUUUGGUCUUUGUAUUAACAUGAUUGUUAACAUCCUGUUGUUCUGCAGAUUGUUUGUUCCUUUUCUUUUGUUAGAAAGACUUAAUCUGUAGCUGAUACAGGUGGUAGUGGCCAGUAUCAUGACUAAUCUGUGGGCCUCAAUACAUUGUUUACAGUCCAGCAGGAGGAAUAAUGUACAGUUUAUAUCUGAAGGACUGGAGAGGGGAUUUGGAUUAUGGACGGACCAUCCGCAUCAUGGAAUAGAACAAAAAAAACGAGUACCCUUUAACGUCACUACAUUUAAUACUUUGCACCAAAGUCACUUACAUCAUGGACCGUUCAACAGGUCUUCCUCCUAGCGCAAGGAUUUUGUGACUGUUUUGUAACAAGGAAAAACAGUGCCAUAAUAUCAGCAGGUGCUUUUUCAUAUGAGAAUAGUAAAGUACUGUAUAUCUAAUAUAUACAAAAAAAAAAAAAAAACUGCAAAUCAACUGAGCUCAGCAUGAAGUCUCAAAUUUCAUGUUUAUUUUACUGUAUGUGUUCUCUCUCUCUCUCUCUCUCUCUCUCUCUGUAAAUGAUCUCUUAUGUAUACCUGAAAUUGUUAUUAGAUUAAUCUUUACAGAAAAAAAAAAUACAGUGUAUAUUUGUAUAACAAAUGUAUUGAAAACACAGAAACUCCAAAUAAGGACCAAAACUUGCCUGCUAGAGUCCCUGUUGUAAUGCAUGUGUUGAACACAAGAGGAGGCUGUUUAUAAUGUUUUAGGACCGAAUAAGGUCAACUGACUGUUGGGUUACUCAUAUUAAAAGUUA